CAGACCGAAGCCAAAGCGCUGCACAUUAAUGGUGUUGCGGGGCAGCUAUUCCGGACUGCGGGGUUUGUUCAGAAAAUCUGGACUGUCCCGCGGAAAAGCAGGGCGGCUGCGGGUGUAGGGUUUCCCUUUGCCAUGCUUCCCUUCCUGUAAUAAAGGAAACACAGUGAAAUGAGGAUGUGGGAUGGUUUUAGGACAACAACUUAAACAUCGACAAAACAUUUCUAGUGAUUUUUACAGACUGUUCAUUUAAUUUCUAUGAUUACCAUAAUCUACUGUUCCACAUGUACACAUACAAGAAUAAUGAAUUUUUAUGACAUCUAACGCCUUUUUUGAGAGGGAAAUUGCAGUUACGUAAUCAUGCCGCCAAGACCUUCCUCCGGGGAGCUAUGGGGCAUUCAUUUGAUGCCCCCAAGAAUUCUAGUGGAAUGCUUAUUACCAAAUGGAAUGGUGGUGGUGUUAGAAUGUCUUCGUGAAGCGACCCUUGUAAAUAUCAAACAUGAGCUCUUUAAAGAGGCCCGAAAGUACCCUCUUUACCAUCUACUCCAGGAUGAGUCCUCUUAUAUUUUUGUGAGUGUUACACAGGAGGCGGAAAGAGAAGAAUUUUUUGACGAAACUCGCCGUCUUUGUGAUCUUCGACUGUUCCAACCUUUCUUGAAAGUAGUUGAGCCUGUAGGAAACAGAGAAGAGAAAAUUCUUAAUCGAGAAAUUGGCUUCGCCAUUGGAAUGCCAGUGUGUGAAUUUGAUAUGGUUAAGGACUCCGAGGUUCAGGACUUUAGAAAAAACAUCCUUAAUGUUUGUAAAGAUUCAGUUGAACUUCGUGAUGCGAAUGGGCCGAUCAGCAGAGCAUUAUAUGUUUACCCACCCAAUGUAGAAUCCUCUUCAGAGCUUCCCAAACACAUAGAAAGCAAACUAGAUAAAGGGCAAAUAAUUGUGGUCAUAUGGGUCAUUGUAUCCCCCAACAACGAAAAGCAGAAGUAUUCUUUGAAGAUUAACCAUGAUUGUGUGCCAGAACAUGUCAUCGCUGAAGCAAUCCGGAAGAAAACAAGAAGCAUGCUGCUGUCCACCGAACAACUAAAGCUUUGUGUUCUAGAGUACCAAGGAAAAUACAUUUUGAAAGUCUGUGGAUGUGAUGAGUAUUUGCUUGAAAAGUAUCCACUGAGUCAAUAUAAGUAUAUUAGAAGUUGUAUAAUGCUUGGUCGGAUGCCUAAUUUAAUGUUAAUGGCCAAAGACAGCCUGUACAGCCAACUUCCUAUGGAUAGCUUUACAAUGCCAUCUUAUUCAAGGAGGAUUUCCAUGGCAGCACCAUACAUGAAUGGAGAAGCUUCAGCAAAAUCAUUGUGGGCAAUCAACAGUACUCUUAGAAUAAAAAUCCUUUGUGCCACAUAUGUCAAUGUAAACAUUCGAGACAUUGAUAAGAUCUAUGUUCGAACUGGUAUCUAUCAUGGGGUUGAGCCGUUGUGUGACAAUGUUAACACUCAGAGGGUGCCUUGCUCAAAUCCAAGAUGGAAUGAAUGGCUUUUAUAUGAUAUGUUCAUUCCUGAUUUACCACGAGCUGCACGACUUUGCCUCUCUAUUUGCUCCGUAAAGGGACGGAAGGGCGCCAAAGAAGAACACUGCCCUUUAGCAUGGGGAAAUAUUAACCUGUUUGACUACACAGAUACACUGGUGUCUGGAAAAAUGGCUCUAAAUUUGUGGCCUGUGCCUCAUGGGUUAGAAGACUUGCUAAAUCCUAUUGGAGUCAGUGGCUCCAAUCCUAACAAGGAAACACCCUGUUUGGAACUAGAAUUUGACUGUUUCAGUAGCCCAGUCAAAUUUCCUGAUAUGACCGCAAUAGAAGAUCAUGCAAAUAAAGUUCUGGAGCGGGAAAUGGGCUAUAAUUACAGCCAUUCUGGACUAAGUAACAGAAUUGUUAGAGAAAAUGAAGUAAGAGAAAGUGACAAGGAGCAGCUCAAAGCCAUUUCUAACCGUGACCCUCUCUCUGAAAUUACUGAACAAGAAAAAGAAUUCCUUUGGAGCCACAGACUGUAUUGUCGAAAUGUACCUGAAAUUCUUCCUAAGCUGCUUCUGUCUGUGAAAUGGAAUUGCAGAGAUGAUGUUUCACAGAUGUAUUGUCUUCUAAAAGAGUGGCCUGCUAUCCGGCCUGAACAAGCAAUGGAACUGCUGGAUUUUAAUUACCCAGAUCGGAUUGUACGAUCAUUUGCAGUUUCUUGCAAUGAGAAGUAUCUGACAGAUGAUAAGCUAUCUCAGUAUUUGAUCCAACUUGUGCAGGUUAUGAAAUAUGAGCAGUACUUGGACAACCAUCUAGUGAGAUUUCUGCUGAAAAAGGCCCUGGUCAAUCAAAGAAUAGGACAUUUCUUUUUCUGGCAUUUAAAGUCAGAAAUGCACAACAAAACUGUCAGCCAGCGGUUUGGUCUUUUGCUGGAGUCCUAUUGCCGUGCAUGUGGAAUGUAUUUAAAACAUUUAAGCAAGCAAGUGGAGGCUAUGGAAAAACUGAUCAACCUCACAGAUAUUCUAAAGCAGGAGAAGAAGGAUGAGACACAAAAGGUGCAAAUGAAGUUCCUGGUUGAACAAAUGAAGCGGCCAGACUUUAUGGAUGCCUUACAGGGAUUUACAUCUCCUCUAAAUCCUGCUCACCAAUUAGGAAACCUAAGGCUUGAAGAGUGCAGACUAAUGUCAUCUGCAAAAAGGCCACUCUGGUUAAACUGGGAAAAUCCAGAUAUAAUGUCAGAGAUGCUGUUUUUGAAUAAUGAGAUCAUCUUUAAAAACGGAGAUGAUUUACGGCAAGAUAUGCUCACGCUCCAGAUCAUAAGGAUCAUGGAAAACAUUUGGCAAAAUCAAGGCCUUGAUUUACGGAUGUUGCCAUAUGGUUGCCUGUCAAUUGGAGACUGUGUCGGACUUAUUGAAGUAGUGAGAUGUUCACAUACCAUUAUGCAGAUUCAGUGCAAAGGAGGUCUGAAAGGAGCAUUGCAAUUCAACAGUCAUACAUUGCAUCAAUGGCUCAAGGAUAAAAACAAGGGGGAAAUGUAUGAUGCCGCCAUUGAUCUGUUCACUCGAUCGUGUGCUGGUUACUGUGUUGCAACUUUCAUUCUUGGAAUAGGUGAUCGGCAUAACAGUAACAUUAUGGUUAAAGACAAUGGGCAACUGUUUCACAUAGAUUUUGGCCACUUUUUGGAUCACAAAAAGAAAAAAUUUGGCUAUAAACGUGAAAGGGUACCGUUUGUCUUAACUCAAGAUUUUCUGAUUGUGAUCAGCAAGGGGAUGCAAGAAUGCACAAAAACCAGGGAUUUUGAAAGAUUUCAAGAGAUGUGUUACAAAGCGUAUUUAGCAAUCCGCCAGCAUGCCAACCUUUUCAUCAACUUGUUCUCUAUGAUGCUUGGCUGUGGAAUGCCUGAACUACAAUCUUUUGAUGACAUUGCCUAUAUUCGAAAGACAUUAGCUUUGGAUAAAACUGAGCAAGAGGCUUUGGAAUACUUCAUGAAGCAGAUGAAUGACGCACAUCACGGUGGCUGGACAACAAAAAUGGACUGGAUCUUCCAUACAAUAAAGCAUCUUUAAUCCAAACAGGGAAACGGGCAAAUGACUUAACAACCCUAUUGUGGGUUGAGCACUGUGCUGUUAAUAGUGACAGCCAGCAAUGAACGGCUGCAUGGGAAUUGCACAAGCCACACAAAGCAUUGGUUUCACAGCAGCUACUAGAAUUAAACAGAAUCAUUAACGCUUACAGGGUCGUCAACAACACUACAUUUUGUGAGCAAGAAUUGUUAAGCCUGUAUAGUUAUGCCUUAAGCCCAAACCGAAGGCUAACCUCCGCUUGUGUUUACUAGCCACGGUUACAACAUCUUUGAUACAAAUGAAAGUUUGGCGUCAAAAAAUUAUUUUUGUGAUUCCAUGUGCAUUUCAAAAUGCUGAUUGUGAUCCAUUGUGUAAAAGGAGAGAUACUAGAAAAGGAAUAGGAGGCUAUUAUCCUCCUCAUAUGCCUCACAGUAUUUUUUAACUUACAUGAGUUUAACAAGUGGCGUAUUUUUAAUUUUUCAGACUGAUCCUACCGAAGUCUUCUGAGAAACAUUGCAACAAUUAUGUAUUUUCUUUCUCUCUUGACAAAUAAUUCACCAUUGUGAAUUGCAAAAUGUGAAACUUGAAGUUAAGAGGAAGCCCCAUCGUGUUCAAAACCCCAAAACUUUAACAAGCACACUGUGUGUGGGGGUGCGUCUGUCCCGUUAUGUAUUUCUUCAUUUUUAAAUACUACCAACCCAGAGACCAGAAGAGCGAUCUACUUAUUUCUCUAAAUGGAUGUCAUGCUUAAUAGAGCUCUUAUUUUUAUAGUCUUCCUAGGCUAUUCUGAGGAAUGCUGGUUUAUUAAGUGCUGACAAUGUGUGUAUAUCAACAGUCUUCACUGAUAUCUAGGUUCCAGUAAUCAGCCCGUUUUAUUUACCAAUUGUUUCUAAAAAAUCUAUAUUCACUUUUAAGUGUAUAGAUAUUUUUUAUAUAUUGUACAUACAUUUGGUUUUGCAUUUUCUGUGUAUGUGUAACAUUGUGUAUAUAAUUACAGAUAUAUGCACAGGGGUGCAUUCAUACACACUCAUCCAUUUAUAGAUUUCCUUGAUAGAAACUCCUAAGGUAUGUGGAGACCACAUUUUAAAGAGAUGUUAAAAAGCACAGUGACUGUUCUGAGCGAUGUUGGUGUGUAAAUGUUUCUAAAUGGGUUCAUGACUCGUUGCUUGCCUAUACGCAUGCAGUGUGCUUAAAUCAAUUAUUUUGUAUUCAUUUCACAUGCAGCUGUAACCAGAAAACACUAUUAUAUAUAAAAUCAACAUUUUUAUAAA